AUGGAUAACUACAACAACUACAGCAAUUCUCAAUACGGAGGAGGGGGUUCAGGCGGCGGCUUCAUGCCAGGCGAGAUGAAUAGCCCAGCUGGCGGAAAGAGCGACUUCAACAACACCACCCUUCGCCCCGUGACAGUCAAACAAGCCCUCGAUGCAACGCAACCCUACCCUGAAGCCAACUACCAGAUUGACGGCGCCGAUGUAUCCAGUCUCUGUUUCAUCGGACAAGUUCGCAAUAUCAGCUCCCAAAGCACAAAUGUAACAUACAAGAUCGACGAUGGCACAGGAGAGAUCGAAGCAAAGCAAUGGAUUGACUCAACAACCGCCGACAACAUGGAAACCGAUGACAGAAAGGGACCCAGCAAGCCAGGGAAAGAGCAGGUCGAGCUGAACGGAUAUGCGAAGGUUUUCGGGAAGCUGAAAAUGUUCGGGAAUAAACGGUUCGUUGGGGCUCACUCUGUUCGACCGGUGACAGACAUCAAUGAGGUGCACUGUCAUCUUCUCGAGGCUGCCGCUGUGCACCUAUUCUUCACCAGGGGCCCUGUCAAUGGUCCUGCAGGUGUUGGCGGUGCCGCAGCAGGAGGAAAGGGAGGUGCUGCGGACGCAUCUAUGGGUGGCGUGGAUGACGAUGCAGGGAAUCGCGCCCUCCCUGCAAUGACUCCUGCAGCGCGGAGGAUCUUUAACCUACUGAAGAUGGAGCCCCAGAAUAACGAGGGUCUACAUGCUCAGAUGAUUGCCGCAAAGUUGGGCCUCCCCAUGCCCGAUGUAGUGCGAGCGGGUGAUGAGCUCAAUGCUGCGGGAUUGAUCUUUUCGACGGUGGACGAACAGACCUGGGCGUUAUUGGAAUAUUAA